UGCGGAGCGCGCGCGGGCAGCGGGGGAGGCAGCGGCGCCAGCCCCGCUCGCUCCCCGCCCCCAAGGUUGGGCCGCUGGGACGCGAUCAGCGGACAGACAGCGGCCCGGGAGAACGGAAGGACGCGCGCGCUCCGAGGCUCAGUGGUCUGACCCACUCGCCGAGUCGCCAGUAGGCCCAGGGCCCCAGCCAGUGCCCAGCCCUGCUGGGAGCCCCGGCUAGCACCACGGACGGCACCCAGGAAGCCCGAGUCCCCUUGGACGGGGCCUUCUGGAUUCCCAGGCCACCAGCAGGUUCGCCCAAAGGCUGCUUCGCCUGUGUGUCCAAGCCUCCUGCCCUGCAGGCUGCAGCGGCUCCAGCUCCUGAGCCUUCGGCCUCGCCCCCCAUGGCACCCACUCUGUUUCCUAUGGAGUCUAAAAGCAGCAAGACUGACAGCGUUCGGGCAUCGGGUGUCCCCCAAGCCUGCAAGCACUUAGCUGAGAAGAAGACCAUGACGAACCCCACCACAGUCAUCGAGGUCUACCCGGACACCACGGAGGUGAACGACUACUAUCUGUGGUCCAUCUUCAACUUUGUCUACCUCAACUUCUGUUGCCUGGGCUUCAUUGCUCUGGCCUACUCCCUCAAAGUUCGGGACAAGAAGCUCCUGAAUGACCUGAAUGGAGCUGUGGAGGAUGCCAAGACAGCGCGGCUGUUUAACAUCACCAGUUCUGCGCUGGCAGCCUCCUGCAUCAUCCUCAUCUUCAUUUUCCUGCGGUACCCGCUCACUGACUACUGAGCUAGCGGGCAGUGGGUCUUGGAGACACAGCACUGAGACUGAUGGUCACUGAGAUUCAGGAUGCUGAGAAUGUGGGGCAGAAUGGGCUUCCACCAAGGCCCAGAGCCAUGCAUGGCAGCAAGGCCACCAGAAGCUGAGUGCCUGACCCAGUGGCGCACUCUUCCCAGCCACCCUAUCUGCCGCCUGCCCCUGUCCUGCUGGCACCGGGUCUCAGGGCUUCCUCCCAUGAUGCUGCCUGGUGACCAGUGGCUGCCCUCCCUGGCCCAUGCACCCUGCCCAGGAUCCUGGACCCCUCAGACCUGACACCCAGCAAGAAGGGCUUACACGGGAGCUCCCGAAAUAGGGGCUGCCAGCACCUGGGGUUCCCUCACUCCUGAUCCCCCACUUCCUCCAAGCUGUGACCCCUGCUCCAAGCUCUUGUAUCUGUGAACUUUCAUUAAAACAUGUGCUCAGCUCA